CUUACUUAGUUUCGCCAUUUAUCAGGAAAAUUUAAUUAUUCUUGAGAAUUGAAUACAUAUCUCUUUUUAUACGUGUUUCGAUGAAGUAAUCGACAAACUUAUUAAAUUUUUAGAUAUUGAAAAUGGUAAAUCAAAUUCUUUUGAUGACAAGGCAGCAAAGAAAAAGAACAAGUACAGAUCCAUACAAAUACAGAAUGCAGAUAGCUAGGAAAUCACUUUAGAUUACAGAAGAAACUUUGCACAUUAAGGCUAUUCCUUUCCAAUCCUAAUCUUUACAAAAAAAGUAGGCAUAAAGGAAAUAAGAAUACACAGCAGAGACAUUUAAAAGUAGUUAUCCAAAGUGGUAUUUAACAGAAAACAGGGGGAAUCUUUUUAUAGCUGUUAUCUGGGAAGACGCAGCGGAAUGGGUACAGUAAGAAAAUGAUCUCUAGAUAUACAUGCAUGUGAUCAAAGAGAACAUAAAAGCAUACAGAAGAGAAACACUUGAAAUGUCCUGUUUGUGAUUAUAUUUUUGAAUACAGCGAUAAUAUGAAGAGACAUAUGAGAUUUAAUACUAGAGAAAAGAUCCUUAAAAUGCAAUGUUUAUGACUAUGUUUAUACUCAGAGCAGUAGUCUGAAAAUGCAUACUGAAAAGAAACGCUUUUACUGUGAUUUUUGCGACUUUGCUUGUAAUCACAGUGGUAAUAUAAGGAAACAUAGGAGAAUACAUACUGGAGAUAAAUGUUUUAAAUGUGGUGUUUGUGACUAUGCUUGUGUUGAAGACGGUAGUCUGAAGAAACAUAUGAGAAUACAUAGGAAAAUACAUACGGAAGAGAAACGUUUUAAAUGUGAUGUGUGUGACUAUGCUUGUAAACAGAGUGGUAGUCUGAAAAUACAUAAGACAAUACAUACUGGAGAGAAGGCCUUUAAAUGUGAUGUUUGUGAUUUUGCUUGUAGUCGGAACGGUAAUCUGAAGACACAUAGGAGAAUACAUACCGGAGAUAAAUGCUUUAAAUGUGGUAUUUGUGAUUAUGCUUGUAUUGAUGCCAAUAGGCUGAAGGUACAUAUGAGAAUACAUACUGGAGAGAAACCAUAUAAAUGUGACAUUUGUGACAGUGCUUUUAAACAGAGCGGUCAUCUGAGUCUACACAGGAGAACACAUACUGGAGAGAAACCAUUUAAAUGUGAUAUUUGUGACUUUGCUUGUUGUAGCCGCAGUACUCUGAAGAAACAUGGGAGAAGAAUACAUACUGGAGAAUCUGUCAUUUAGUUAGACAUAAGAGACUUACGGAUUUGUAUGUUAUUGUCAUAUCGGGUUGACUUGUACAUACCAGAAUUCAUCCAGGGAAGAAUGCUUUCGUCCAGGGGAGAAUACUGCUAAAUCUUAAUUUAGUAAUACAUGUACAUGUAAUAAGUUCUGAUAUAAAAACACUGUAGCAAUUAUUUCUUCUUCUUUUUCAUGGCCUCCGUCCAUCUCUAAGACGAUGGGUUGCGCCUGGUAGAGCUUGAACUGGAACAACGUCUUCGAUGACUGAAGUGUCCUA